AUGGCCAGCCGGGCCGCUCAGAAGCGCUUGACGCGCGAGUACAAGACCAUUUCGGAGAAUCCGCCGCCAUACAUCACGGCCCGCCCAUCGGAUAGCAACAUCCUUGAGUGGCACUACAUCAUCACCGGCCCCGAAGAUACCCCCUACCACGGCGGCCAGUACUGGGGCACCCUCAUGUUCCCGCCCGACUACCCCUUUGCGCCACCCGCCAUCCGCAUGCACACUCCCUCCGGCCGCUUCCAACCUUCAACCCGCCUCUGCCUCUCCAUCUCCGACUUCCACCCGCGCUCCUUCAACCCGGCCUGGGAGGUCUCCACGAUUCUGAUUGGCCUGCUGUCGUUUAUGACGUCCGAGGAAAUGACCACGGGCUCCGUGUCGGCCACGUCCGCCGAGCGCAAGUUCCAUGCAGCACGCUCGCGGUGGUGGAACUCGACGGGCGGCGGCACGUACACGGGCGCCAACACCAAGGCGAAAGUGCAGGUCAAGGCGGGCGAUGGCGGCGCCAAGUUCCGCACCGAAUGGCCCGACCUGGACAAGGCCAACUGGGCGUGGAUGAAGGAGCAGCAUGUGGACAUGGCGACGGGGCAGAUUACGGCGCCGCCGAAACCUGCAGCAGCGCCGGCGGCAUCCUCUUCCACAGCAACAUCGUCAUCGUCGUCGUCAUCGUCCGCACAGUCGUCCGCCAAGACCGGUCCGUCAAUACAGGGAGGCGCCAACGGCGCCAGCUGUGGCAAGCAGCUAGGCGUGCCGGCUGCCGGUGCCGGUGGCGCGGGCACCGGUGCAGCAGGUAGUGGUACGCAGGCACAGGCCGUCGUCGAGGCCGUGCGGCAAGGGCGCGGCGCCGGCCAGGGCUGGCUGGCGCAGAACAAGCUCUAUGUGUUUGGCGGGUUGGUGUUUCUGUACGUGCUGGUGGCGCGCCUGGUGGGCGGCGACAAGCGACAAUAG